CAAGAAGCAGAUGCUGGACCUGGUGAUCCUGGAGCAGUUCCUGACCAUCCUGCCCCAGGGAAUGCAGUGCUGGGUCAGAGAAUGUGGGCCAGAGACCAGUUCCCAGGCGGUGGCCCUGGCUGAAGGUUUCCUCCUGAGUCAGGCAGAGGAGAAGAGGCAGGCAGAGCAGUCUCCGGUUUCCUUUGAGGAGGUGGCCGUGCAUUUCACAGAGGCAGAGUGGGCCCUGCUGGAUCCAGGCCAAAGAGCUCUUUACCAGGAAGUCAUGCAGGAGAACUAUGGGAGCGUGGCCUCUCUGGCAGGGGAUGAUCAGUGGAAUGGGGGCCAUGAGAAACCGCAUCAGCCGUAA